ACCCAUUCCGUUGCUGGAGAAGGAGCCCGCUGGAUCGAGACCCCAAUAUCUCUUCCUACGGUCGCCGGAGAAGGUGAGUAACAGUCGAGGGCGGAGGGAGUCAUCGCCGGAUCUGCCAUUGAAGGAGAACAGAAGAGAGGAGGAGAGAGAUUUGAAAGAAGACAGAGAAAGGAAGGCGUUGUUGCAGAGAGGGGGACAGUCAUCUCGCAUGCCUUCUGAGCAACUAAGAGUCAAUUAUAGGUAAUUUAUAUUCAUUACCGAGCAACACCGGUUUCGAUCGGCACCCACCCAUCGAUUCCGUUCCAAUCUCUAGGGUUUUGAACUCUAGAGCCCUUCACACGCGCAGACAGUCACGGUUCAGCAGUCACUGCCUCCAUACCAAAAUUGCCCUCUCAAGUCGUACUAUUAAGGGCUUCAAAUCUGAAACAAAAGCAAUUUGAUUGUUUUGAACUUUGAAGUGAAGGAACCAUGUAUAUCAAGGAGAUAUGCCUAGAGGGGUUCAAAUCGUAUGCGACAAGGACUGUGGUCCCAGGAUUUGAUCCCUACUUUAAUGCAAUCACAGGGCUAAAUGGGUCAGGCAAGUCGAACAUUCUUGAUUCGAUUUGUUUUGUGUUGGGUAUCACAAAUUUGCAGCAGGUUCGGGCUUCAAACCUGCAGGAGCUUGUGUAUAAGCAGGGACAAGCUGGGAUAACAAAGGCAACAGUGUCAGUUGUGUUUGAUAAUUCAGAUAGGAGUCGGAGUCCACUUGGGUAUGAGGAUUGUCUGGAGAUUACAGUAACACGGCAGAUAGUUGUUGGUGGAAGGAAUAAAUACCUGAUUAAUGGACACCUUGCCCAGCCUAGUCGAGUCCAGAAUCUUUUCCACUCAGUACAGCUUAAUGUAAACAAUCCACAUUUUCUAAUAAUGCAAGGGCGCAUCACCAAAGUGUUAAAUAUGAAACCCCCUGAGAUCUUGUCUAUGCUUGAAGAGGCUGCUGGAACAAGAAUGUAUGAAACAAAGAAAGAGGCUGCAUUGAAAACACUUGAGAAGAAGCAAAGCAAGGUUGAUGAAAUUGAUAAGCUUCUUGAUCAUGAAAUACUUCCUGCUUUGGAGAAGUUGAGGAAGGAACGAAUGCAGUACAUGCAGUGGGCCAAUGGCAAUGCAGAAUUAGAUCGGCUUAAGAGAUUUUGCAUUGCUUUUGAAUUUGUUCAGGCAGAGAAGGUCAGAGAUAGUGCAGUUCUUGGGGUGGAACAAAUAAAGACCAGGAUUGUUGAGAUUGAUGAUAAUACAGAGAAGAUGCAGGUGGAAAUACAGAAAAUGGAGACCAAGGUAUCAAGUUUAACUGCUGAAAAAGAAGCAAGUAUGGGUGGAGAGUUAAAAUUAUUGUCAGAAAAAUUGGAUGCUCUUUCUCAUGAUCUUGUGAAGGAAACAUCUGUGCUGAAAAACAAAGAAGAUAGUCUUGAGGGUGAGAAAGAGACUGCUGAAAAGAUUGUGGGGAGUAUUGAAGAUCUAAAGCAUUCUGUAGAGGAAAGGGCCUCUGCUGUCAAAAAGGCCGAAGAUGGGGCCGCUGAUCUGAAGCAGAGAGUUGAGGAGCUUUCAAAGAAGUUGGAAGAACAUGAAAAAGAUUACCAGGGUGUUCUAGCUGGUAAAAGCAGCGGCAACGAGGAAAAGUGUCUUGAGGAUCAACUCAGUGAUGCUAAAGUUGCAGUUGGGAGUGCAGAAACAGAACUGAAACAGCUGAAAACAAGAAUAAGCCAUUGCGAGAAGGAGUUGAAGGAGAAAAAGAAUCAGUUGAUGUCAAAGCAUGAAGAAGCUGUUGCUGUUGAAAACGAGCUAAAUGUCAGGAGAAAAGAUUUGGAAAAGGUUGAAGCAACCUUGGCAUCUCUUUCAUAUAAAGACGGCCAGAUGGAGGCUUUGCAAAAGGAUCGCGUGAUUGAGUUACAGCACAUGCAGAAGCUCAAAGAUGACAUACGGAUUUUGUCAGCACAAUUAACAAAUGUUGAAUUCACAUAUCGCAAUCCUGUGAAGAAUUUUGACAGGUCAAGAGUGAAAGGUGUGGUUGCAAAACUUAUUAAAGUGAAAGAUAGUUCCACAGUGACUGCAUUAGAGGUAGCUGCUGGUGGUAAGUUGUUUAAUGUUGUUGUAGACACAGAAAAUACUGGUAAACAACUGCUUCAAAAUGGUGAACUACGAAGAAGAGUAACUAUUAUACCUUUAAAUAAAAUUCAAUCCCAUACUGUUCCUCCUCGAGUUCAACAAGCUGCCUUUAGAUUGGUUGGAAAGGAGAAUGCAGAACUUGCACUUUCUUUGGUUGGAUAUGAUGGGGAACUGAAGAGGGCAAUGGAGUAUGUGUUUGGUUCAACAUUUGUUUGCAAGACUAUUGAUGCUGCGAAGGAGGUUGCUUUUCGCAAAGAAAUCCAUACCCCCAGUGUCACUCUUGAAGGUGAUAUAUUUCAACCAAGUGGCCUUUUGACUGGUGGUAGUCGCAAAGGUGGUGGCGAUUUGUUGAGGCAUCUUCAUGCUUUGGCAGAGGCUGAAUCAGAAUUGUCAAUCUAUGAGAGUCAAUUAUCUGAAAUUGAAACAAAGAUUGCUGAGCUUUUACCCCUUCAAAAAAAGUUUGCAGACCUUAAAGCACAGUUGGAACUUAAGUCAUAUGACCUUUCAUUAUUUCAGAGCAGGGCUGAACAGAAUGAGCAUCAUAAGCUUGGUGAACUGGUAAAAAAGCUCGAGGAAGAGCUUGGAGAAGCAAAAUCUACCGUCAAAGAAAAACAACUUCUCUAUGAAAAUUGUCAAACUACAGUAUCAGUCCUCGAGAAAUCAAUCAAAGAGCAUGCUAGCAAUCGUGAUGGCAGGCUCAAAGACUUAGAGAAAAAAAUUAAAGCAAUUAAAACUCAGAUGCAGUCAGCUUCCAAGGAGCUCAAGGGUCAUGAGAAUGAACGAGAGAGGCUUAUCAUGGAGAUGGAAGCAGUCCUGCAGGAACGCACAUCCUUGGAGAGUCAAUUAACUUCUUUGCAAACUCAAAUAAAUGGCCUUACUUCAGAAGUAGAUGCACAUCGAACCAAGGUUGCUUUUGUAAGGAAAAAUCAUGACCAGGUUCAGUCUGAGCUCAAUUUGAUCCGUUCAAAGAUGAAGGAAUGUGAUUCAGAAAUUAAUUGCAUUCUCAAGGAGCAGCAGAAGCUUCAGCAUAAAGUUAGUGAGACCAAUCUCGAGAGGAAGAAAAUGGAAAACGAGGUAAAGCGGGUGGAGAUGGAGCAGAAAGAUUGUUCAAUGAAGGUUGACAAAUUGGUUGAGAAGCAUGCCUGGAUAGCAUCUGAGAAGCAGCUCUUUGGAAGAAGUGGGACUGAUUAUGAUUUUAUGUCCCGUGAUCCUUGUAAAGCAAGGGAAGAACUUGAAAAGCUGCAGGCUGAACAAUCAGGUCUUGAGAAAAGGGUGAACAAAAAAGUUAUGGCGAUGUUUGAGAAGGCAGAAGAUGAAUACAAUGAUCUAAUAUCCAAGAAAAACAUCAUUGAGAAUGAUAAGUCAAAAAUCAAGAUGGUAAUUGAAGAACUUGAUGAGAAGAAGAAGGAAACCCUGAAAGUUACCUGGGUUAAAGUCAACAAUGACUUUGGGUCCAUCUUUUCUACCCUUUUACCUGGUACAAUGGCAAAGCUAGAGCCUCCUGAAGGAUGCAGCUUCUUAGAUGGUCUUGAGGUCCGUGUUGCAUUUGGCGGCGUUUGGAAGCAGUCGUUGUCAGAAUUGAGUGGAGGACAAAGAUCUCUGCUUGCACUCUCUUUAAUCUUGGCAUUGCUUCUCUUUAAACCAGCUCCGCUCUAUAUACUGGAUGAGGUUGAUGCAGCUCUUGAUUUAAGCCACACACAGAACAUUGGAAGAAUGAUUAAAACUCACUUUCCGCAUUCCCAGUUCAUUGUGGUUUCCUUGAAGGAAGGCAUGUUUAAUAAUGCAAAUGUUCUCUUUCGGACAAAAUUUGUGGAUGGUGUUUCCACUGUUCAGAGAACUGUUGCAGCUAAGCAGAACAAGUGAUUGCUGCUAUCUUGCAAGAUUUUAUUCAUACAGCCUUGUGCCUGUUUCAGAUGUUCAUCUGGUUUAUCGAGAGCUUUGCAACGACCCUUGGAUUUCUCACCUGUAUUAAGUUAACUUAUGUAUUUUCUGUAUGUUUGUACAUAUUUCUUGUUACCUGUAUUGCUAAUUAUGUAAGCUAUUUCCAUGUUCCAUGUAUCUUAAAAUUCAUUUUAAUAUAGUUUGACC